CACAUACUCCCUGCCUGCCUCACACCAUCGCUGGCCAUCAGCAACGUCUGACGGCUGUAUCCUUUUGCUGUAGCAACGCGCCUUCACCAUCCUCCUCUGCGUCGUCUGCAUCUGACAUUCUGACUGCAGGAGUCUUUUGUGUCUCCACGGGGGCCAUUGUGAUUUCUCCCCUUUCUGGAGAAAGAGCAGCACCAUGGACAUGAUGGGUAACAAAGAGCGACGAGGCGUGAAUUUCAAAGGCUUGUUGAAGAGGAACUGGCUUCUGAUUGCCACGGUUUUAUCAGUGCUGCUUGGGAUAAGUCUGGGCGUGGUGGUCAGAGAGUAUGCGUUCCUUUCCCAUCUUGAUAAGCAGUAUUUCGGCUUCCCAGGAGAGAUCCUCAUGCGGAUGCUGAAGCUUGUCAUACUCCCACUCAUCAUUUCAAGCAUGAUAACAGGUGUUGCAGCCCUGGACUCUGAGGUAUCAGGAAAGAUAGGUCUGCGAGCUGUUAUUUAUUACUUCUCAACAACCAUCAUUGCAGUUAUUCUUGGCAUUAUUUUGGUAAUGACUAUCAAACCAGGAGUGUCUCAGACAGCUGAUCACAUUGACAGAGCCGGGACCACGCCCAACGUCACAACAGUUGACACACUCUUGGACCUCCUCAGAAACAUGUUUCCAGAAAAUUUGGUGCAGGCUUGUUUUCAGCAGUACAAGACCAAGCGCAAAGAGCUGGAGCCUCCAAAAGUGUUAACCAACACUACCACAAUUCCACCUCUCACAACUACCAUCAUGUCAGUGGUAGAGAAUAUAACCAAGGAGUAUAAAAUCGUUGGGACGUAUACGGAUGGAAUCAACGUAUUGGGGCUUAUUGUGUUCUGUGUUGCUUUUGGCCUUGUUAUUGGGAAGAUGGGCGAAAAAGGCCGUAUCCUCCUGGAAUUUUUUGAUGCCCUGAAUGAAGCAACCAUGAAACUAGUCCAGAUCAUUAUGUGUUACAUGCCAGUGGGGAUCUUGUUCCUAAUUGCUGCUAAGAUCAUCGAGGUGGAAGACUGGGAGAUCUUCAGGAAGAUGGGUCUUUAUAUGGUGACGGUGCUGAGUGGUCUAGCCAUCCAUGCCACCAUCUGUCUGCCACUGAUCUUCUUUGUCAUUGUGAGGAAGAACCCAUACACAUUUACAUUGGGAAUGGCGCAGGCCCUGGUGACAGCACUCAUGAUCUCCUCCAGCUCUGCCACCCUGCCUGUCACCUUCCGAUGUGCCGAGGAGAACAAUCGCAUCGACAAGCGGAUCACUCGUUUCGUCCUCCCAGUGGGUGCCACCAUUAACAUGGAUGGCACAGCACUCUACGAGGCAGUGGCCGCCAUCUUCAUCGCCCAGCUGAAUGACUACACUCUGGAUGUGGGCCAGAUUGUGACUAUCAGUAUAACAGCCACAGUUGCGAGUAUUGGAGCAGCAGGAGUCCCUAAUGCUGGGCUCGUUACCAUGGUGAUAGUCUUAACAGCUGUUGGAUUACCUGCAAGUGAUGUCACUCUGAUAGUUGCUGUGGAUUGGCUGCUAGACCGGUUCCGUACCAUGAUCAACGUUCUUGGUGAUGCUUAUGGAGCCGGUAUUGUCCAGAAGUUAUCCAGGAGGGAACUAGAGAGAAUGGAUCUGACAUCAGAUGUGGACGUCGCCAAUCCCUUUGCUCUGGAGGCCACCUUGGAUGACGACGAGUGUGAGAAGAAAUCCUACGUCAACGGAGGCUUCACCGUCGACAAGACAGAUGCAAUCUCUUUUACUGAAACCUCUCAGUUUUAGCCUCUGGCUGGCUCAGAGGAGCAGAGAAAGUGCCACGCUGCUAUGAAUGUGAAACAGAAAACCUUCCAUUAGUAUCAGCACCAUGACGAGAGAGGAAAACUAUCCAACUAGACCCAUCCAAGCUCAGACAUCAGCAAUAGCAGCCUCCAUCAAGCUUAUCCAAGAUGAUCACCCUUCAUGUCGGACAUUUACAACGACUAGAUUAAAGUGCUUCCUUCUUACACUCAAAUUGUGCCAAGAUUUUAAAAAGUCAGUUUUCUUUUGAAUGAGUGGAUUCUUUCUUGCACAGAUGCUGUCAAAAGAAGAGCAGUUGUGUGUGCGCACGAGGACAUUAUUUUUGGAUGUAUCAGAAGUGAGUGUAUGUAUUAUGCAAAAAAGAAAAGAUCAGUUUAACACAACUAAAAAAAAUGAUCUGAAUUUGAAACGUCAAUCCUACUUUAUUUGCUCCUUGAUUGGACAAUAAUUCUCAAAAAUGUCUGAAUGACCUUUUUUGUGUGGCUGUUUUUGAAUGUCUAUGUCCCAUAAUGCACUGCUUGUAUAUCUAUCUGUAUAUUUAAACUGUGCCAAACAUAUAAGAAGGUUUUUCACUAAGGUGCAUGAAGCAAUAUGUAAAAGAAAUGCUAAACGCUGGCUGAUUUUUUUAUGGAGACUUUACAGAGUCUGGAGAUGGUUAACGAAGGCUUAUAAAGUCAUUGAACACUGUGAAAUUUGAGGACAUUUUUUCAGAACCAAACUGCUAAUAUUGAUUGAUUUAUUGCAAAGUAUAAUGGUCAUUAAAGGUGUGUUUAGGCAGCAUGGGGAAAUAUUACAGUACAUGAGAAACCCCAAAUCUUUCCUUCUCAAACAAGAUUAUUUUAAAUGUCAUCUCAUGGAUUUAUGUGUCAAUAAUCAGAUAAUCAGCUAAAAUAUACACGUGGUAAGCUUUCAUCUGGUUAACUAUAUUUUGCAUAUUACAGGUAUUUAACAUGAAACCCUUAAUCUGAAAACCAUCUUAAACAAGAUGAAAACCUGUAGGCACUUUUGGUCAGUUAGGAAUAUCUUCACAUUUUGGAGAACACACUUCUAUGCUUUCUUACCGAUUGAGAGCGAUGACAAGAUCAAUACCAAUCUCAUGUCUGCAAACAAUUUUUAAGGCCCUGUCUAUGUGUAUGCAGAUGUUUUUGAAAACAGAUAUUUGAAAAAAUCUGUCCUGACCUCCAGUUUUACUAAAUAUCUCCAUGUUCACUUGAUGGCAAAAACAUCUCUAAAUGGUGCCACUGUUAGCGUCUACUGCAGUCUCCCCUUAUUGCAAAGGUAGUAACGCGUACUGGCUGACAUUACCUUUUUCAAAACUUGAGCUCUCAUCACGACAGAUUCAUCUCAUAGACUGUUUUAAAAUAAUGGACGUAGCUACUGUGACAUCACCCAUUGGUUUGUGGACUACCAUUUUGACGCCCCUAGUUCAACAUUUUAUUAGGAUGAGAGGGUGGAGCUGUGGAGGAGCAAGGGGUGGCUAUGACUCAUUAGCCCCUUUUACACCUCCUGUUCAAGGCGGGAAUAUCGUGUCAUUAUGCUGCCUCGCAGUGCUGUAUAUGUCCCAUGGGGGGAACAGAGUGGUCUCGCCUUUAAGCUGCAACAGGAGCUAGUAACACCGCCAAAAUAGUGUCUGUAUAAACAGAACAGCCAACAGGAUGGGUGUGACGUUCUGAUGUUGUGUUAUGCAUGUGACCCACCACGAGAGAUUUAAAAAGUAGCUGUUAGCAGUUAGUAGCUGAUGUAAAAAAGAACAACAGGGGCCUACAAAUUAGGAAGACAAUGAGGUCUGGGAGAGCAUAUGUUUUAUGUCACACAAAAGGCAAAAGCUGUUGUGUUACAUGUAAGGCCUCAUUUGAUUCUGCCAUGUCUGCAUGCUGUCUACAAUCACACUUUUACAUGUGAUUAAAAAAUGUACAGUUGUCAUUAAUGUUGAAACUGGCUUUAGAGACCAAAACACUUUUUUGUAUUGGGCUGUAAACAUGUUUAAUUCUGUUGCAAAUCUGGGCAUUUUGACAUGAGGGUGGAUAGGAAUUUACUCGCUUCUGAACCAGCCUCAUGUGGCCAUUAGAAGAACUACAGUUUUUGGCACUUUGGCAUUGGCUUCAUUUUUCAACCCCCAAGGGUGCUGCUUGAUUCAUCAAUGACAUGAGCAUAAAGGAGCUAAAUCAAAGACGCAAUCGAAGCCCUGUUUUCCUUUCAGUUGUCUCAUCAUGUGCUGGUUCGACCAGACCUGAUCCAAAACCUAAGUUUCUGGCAGACUUUAUAUCGCAGACACUGAGGUGGACUAAAUAACACUGGGUGGGUGGUAUAGCAGUGUUACGUUUAAGUGUAAAGUCAUCAUUAGACUAAGCAGUGCUAACAAAAUGUUAGCAAACCAGUAGUCUGCCAUUGUUGUUACUGCAUGUGGCGCAAGCUACUUAUGCAAAGCAAUUAUGGACAUGCUUGAAUUAAAGAGAUGAAGUCAUUGUUUACCAAAUGCUUCCUUUUAUGUCCAAACAGCUACACAGUAACCAGUGUUCUGAAAAAACUGUACCUUAGUAGGCAUUUUAAAAAAUCUCAUUUUAGUGACCUAAAACUCCAGUGGUGUGCGUGGAUGAGAUACCAAAACUUGAAAAAUAUCUGUUUUCAAAAAAUUCAUAUAUGUGUAGACAGAGCCUAUUUUUUUUUUAUCUUGCUCUCAGCAAGAAAGCAUAUAGCCUCAGUUUAUUUCCCUAAAUGUUGAGCUGUUGAUACUAGCUGCACAAAAGUAAGCUUGGAUGAGUUAAGAAGUACAGCAACCUAACAGUUGGCUAUGAGAGCUUCUUCUUCAGUAGUUUCAUUUCAUUUCCCAUCUUGCAAAUGUUGACCAGGACCACCAAUUUCAGAGCAGCAGUGUCAUUUAUAACCAAUAGGCCAUUUGAGGGGGGACAAUGGUGGAUGCUAUCCCCCUUGUUAGCAAAAUGACCAAACUGUCUCCCCCUUUUUAACCUCCCAUCCCUCUCCAUCCCCCAAGUCUGGACACAGACGCCAUCCUAUCUGGCUCCAGACCUAUUACCAACAAAUUAUUGAGGAUUAGAAAAUUUUGACCGGGAGCUGCUGUUUUAUCCAGCUUAACAUUUGUUCAAAUCAUCGUAAGUGAUGCUACUCAGCCAGUCAAAUGUGUGCAUUCCAAUAGGCACUGUGACUGGAGUAAGUGAGACACACAUGGGACAGACAAGAUGAGAGACAACAGUUGGAAAUAUAAGAGUCAGAGAAAAGUAAACUACAUGUUGUUCACACAUCCUACUGUCUCGGGUGUUAAAAAAAAAGAUCCGCACAGGUCCUGAGGAGAGCAUGAGUAUAACCAAUGAACUGUGAAGGUGAGCAAGAGCAGUAUGUGGGAUCUUUUUUUCAAGACUAAAAAGAGAAAAGUAGACAGCAAAAAAACAGAGCUUUCAAUUAAGAGCUUUUAAUGAACAUGUUGAUUCUUACCAAGGACAGUUUAAAACAAGUAGGCUAUGUCUCAUCCAAUGGCCUGAGACUGUGGCCAUUAGUGGCAGCAGAAAUGCUACUAUGAGAUAACGCACAGAGCAUCCUUCCCACUUGAAUCUGAGAAAAGAGCACAGACAGUAAAAUAUUUUAUAUCAAUCAAUCUAUUUGUCACUUGGAAUCAUACAAGGUACAGCGGCCUCCAGCUCAAGUGAUGCCACUGAACUGAAUUGUAACGCAAGUUAGACAUUGCAGGGCCCACUGUUUUUAACACCUCAAAAUGGCCGAGCCCUUGACUGCAUCUUGGGAUAUUUGAUACCAAGCUGUGGGGAAAGGAUAUGACACAUCAAAGACACUGGAUAAUAAUUUCAUACCUUUAUAGGCACAUCCUGCAAUAAUUUACUUGACAUGGUGUGUCCCAUCAUCUUAAAAACUUUGAGAGUUUGAACUUGAGAUUUUUCACUGAGGAGGUAGUGAUAAAAGAUUGCAUUGCUGUCAAAAUAAAAUUGGUCCUAGUGCAAAAAAUGUUCGGAACCGCUGCCACAAGAAAUAAAUAACAGUGGGAGAAACUACUUUAAUAGCUUACUACCAAAACUAUAAAAAUGUCAAAGUAAUACACUUCUUUGUAUCCUUUUUUAUGCUACAGUAGGCUUUUGCUACUCCCAGCAUCAACCUAAUUGUCAGAAUAAAUGUUAGCAUUGAAUGUUUCUACAAACCAAAGAUAUGUAACAUUUGUAUGUUAUUAUGUAGCGGAUAUGGUGAAACUUUACAUUUAAGUUUCAACAACUCUAUGGUUAAUGUGUGGUUAUGUAUGUAUGGCUUAAAAAUUACCCAUUUUUGGUGGCACAAUCAUGGUUGAAAAUGGUGAAAAUGAUGUUUUGCUAAAAAAACAACUGGUUUUGUUGUUAAUUGGUCUCCAACAGUAAUCUGCAGCUUGGCAGCUGUCACACCCAGGUGUCGUGCCAACUACCAUCCCCUCCACCUCCAGUUGACAAAGUCAGCUCUUUAGACACAUUGAUAUGCUAUGUCUGAAACGUACAAAUGGAAUAUAUCUAUGGUAUGCAGAAAUGUACAAUGCCAAAUUUUCUGCUGGUUACUGGGCUGCCACCCUUGAUGCCUCAUUAACUUCUGGGUAUAUAUAGUUGUGGCUUAAAGGCAGACUGCAAGUCAACUGCAAGUGUCAAUCAUUCACAUUUGUUGGAAUUUCCAAUUUGACUGUUAUUGGCUAGCCACACCACUAGAAGACUUUGUGCUCUGGAAAAUUGUGUGGGCAUGUUUCAUUAUUUUCUUAUAUUAUGUAAACUUGAAGAUAAGUAAAAAAAAAAAAAAAAAAAAAA